CUCUCUCUCUCAUACAGAUUCAUCCAACUUUCUUUCGUGGGUUACUUUUAAUUCAAAGAAUCGAAUCCAAUUCUUGUUACGCGUUCAUUUGAAAGAAAUUCUCUCCGCCUCUCCUUUUAUCGAUUCGAAUCCAAUCUUUUCUUUUUCGAUUUUGAUGCAGAUAAUAAUCUAAACCUAACUCUCUCUUCAAUUAGUUUUCAAGCUAACUUUCUUCAAUCAUGAAACCUGCCUCAUCUGCACAGAACCAAUUCCGCUUGUUUUCCGUUCAAAUGGAGGGAAACAUGGAACCAGGAGGAUAUGUAAAUACGUUCAGUAAGAAUUUCGUUGUUGAUUCGUCAUCCGGUAACGACGGCGGUGAAGAUCAAGAUCGGGAACUCGACGAAGCAAUUUCCGAUUGCGAAAGUGUGAUUUCCGGUACGAACAAAGAGGAAUCAUCAUCGUCGCCGCGAGCUUUUGGUAAUGGUUUGGAGAGAGUGGAGGAAGAAGAUAGGCUUUACGAAAUCAUUUCCAAGAGAUUUAUAUCUGGAUUAGGUUUUAUGGGAAAUCAAGCUUCUGUUGUUUCUCUUCAUAGAAAUAUAUGUUCUAACUUGAUUGGACAAGCUAAGCUUCAAUCGUUUCAAAUAUUUGUAAGAGCAAUUGAGAAGAAAUGUAGCGGAAAUCCUAAUGUGAAGUAUGCUUGGUUUGGCGGUUCAAAACAUGAACUCUCUAAGAUCCUUAGUAAUGGAUUCAGCUUCUCUGAAUUAGAUCUUAAAGGAUUCGGCCGUGGCGUGAAUCUUAUACCUGAUUGUUCUUCAAUUGAUUGUUUGAAUUCUUCAAGACCUGAUGAAGAAGAUGGAGUAAGGCAUGUACUUUUAUGCCGUGUAAUAUUGGGGAAGACAGAACCGAUUCAUCCUGGUUCUGAACAGUGUUAUCCGAGUUCAGAUGAAUUUGAUUCUGGAGUUGAUAAUCUCUUGAAUCCUAGGAAAUACAUUGUUUGGAGUUGUAAUAUGAACACUCAUAUAUUCCCAGAAUACAUCUUGAGUUUCAAAAUCCCUUCUCCUUCAUCUUCUCCGAAUGGGAAUCAAAGAAGUAUGAGGGUUCAUAUGCCAACUUCACCAUGGAUGCCAUUUACAAGUCUAAUAAUGGUUCUUUCCAAGUUCUUACCUACUAACACCAUUGAAUUGAUCUCCAAGCAUUACAAAGAACACAGGGAAAGGAAGAUAUCUAGGCAUGAGUUGAUACAGAGAGUGAGAAGAAUUGCAGGAGAUAAGCUAUUAACUGAGGUCAUCAAAUCUUUUAGAGACAAGCAAAACAAGAUGUCUGCAACAGAUUCUUUGAAGAACUCCCCCAAUUGUACAGAUAGGAUGAGUUAGAAGAGGGUGGAUCAUGAUUCAUGAUGAUGAUUGAUGAUUGAUGAUGAUGACUAACCAAGAACCAAAAUAAACUUGAGAGUCUCUGCAAUUUGCUUUCUUUCUGUCUAAUGUUUUGUUUGUUCAUCUGGGAAUUGUAGUAAAUUUUUAGGGUUUGAUGAAUUAGGAAAUUACUACUACUUUUGAUGAUGGAUAUGAUAAUUGAAGUUUCAAAUUUGAUCA